AUGGACCCUCGGAAAGAAUCAAGGGAAGAAUCUCGGCUUUACCAAACCACCCUACUGCAGGAUGGACUGAAAAAUUUGCUGGAUGAAAACAAAUUUGUGGAUUGUUCCCUGAAGGUGGGAAAUAAGUUAUUUCCCUGCCACCGACUAAUCCUGGCAGCUUGCAGCCCUUACUUCCGUGAGUAUUUCUUUUCAGAUGUAAGUGAGGAAAAGAAACGUGAGGUGGUUUUGGAAGAUGUCGAUGAAAGUGUCGUGGAUAUGAUCUUGAAGUAUCUGUAUUCCUCUGAGAUAGAACUGACCGAUGAGAACGUGCAAAAUGUUUUUGCUGCGUCCAGCCGCUUUCAGAUCCCCUCUGUUUUCACACUCUGUGUCACCUAUCUUCAAGAAAAGUUAUCUGCUAGCAACUGUUUGGCGAUAUUCAGGCUAGGACUCCUUUUGGACUGUCCUCGGCUUGCUAUUGCUGCCCGUGAAUAUGCGUCCGCUCGUUUUGAACAAAUCUGUAAUGAUGAAGAUUUUAUGCAACUGGCUUCUCAUGAGCUUAUCGGCAUCAUUGCGAAUGACGCUUUAAACGUGGAGAAAGAAGAAACUGUAUUUGAAGCUGUAGUAAGAUGGGUCCGGAAGGACAAAGAGACCAGGGUCAAAAGUUUAGGAGAAAUCUUUGACUGCAUUCGUUUUCGUCUCAUGACUGAGAAAUAUAUCAAAGACCAGGUCGAAAAAAAUGACAUUAUUAAAGCUAAUCCAGAUCUAUUGAAGAAGGUGCAGGUGAUUAAAGAUGCUUUUGGAGGAAAACUUCCCAAGCCUGAGACAGGUAGUAACAAGAACGCAAAGAAAGGAGAAGGCGGUGAAGAUCUAGCUAACGGUGAUGUAGGUGACGAAGAUCUGCUCCCUGGUUUUCUGAAUGACAUUCCCAGACAUGGCAUGUUCGUCAAGGAAAUGAUCAUGUUAAUUAAUGACACAGUGGCGGUGGCAUAUGAUCCAAAUCUAAAUCAAUGCUUUCUGGUUGCAGUGGGUGAUCAGAUCCCCAAAAACCAUGUUAGUUUGGUUACAAAGGGAAACCAAAUUUUUGUUGUCGGUGGGUUGUACGUGGAUGAAGAACUUAAAGAACAGCCCUACCACUGCUAUUUCUAUCAGUUUGACAGUAUCGCUAGUGAAUGGAAUGGCUUGCCACCGCUGCCUUCAGCUAGAUGCCUCUUCGGGCUGGGAGAAACAGAAAACUUUCUUUAUGUGAUUGGUGGCAAGGAUCUUCCAAACGAGCAGUCAUUGGAUUCAGUAUUUUGCUACGAUAUGAACAACCUAAAAUGGAAUGAAUCCAAAGCAUUCCCGUUUAAGAUUUAUGGCCACUCUGUGGUUUCACAUAAUGGAUUAAUCUAUGUUAUUGGCGGGAAGACUGAUGACGCCAAAUGCAUCAACAAAUUGUUUGUCUACAAUCCCAAAAAAUCUGAGUGGAGGGAACUGCGAGCUAUGAAGACAGCACGUGCCAUGUUUGGAGCUGCUGUCCAUCAAAACAAAAUCUGGGUUGUUGGAGGAGUCACUGAUGAUGGCCUGACAGCUGCAGCUGAAGCAUAUGACAUAAUGAAUAAUAAAUGGGAAGUAAUGCCUGAAUUCCCACAAGAGAGAAGCUCUAUAAACAUCAUCAAUAUGGCUGGAUCACUUUACGCCAUUGGAGGUUUUGCUAUGAUUCAGUUAGAAAACAAAGAAUUUGCUCCCUCAGAAUUUGCUGAUGUGUGGAAAUAUGAAGAUGACAAAAAGGAAUGGAGUGGUCUGGUGAAGGAAAUUAAUUAUGCAACAGGAGCCACGUGUCUUGCUGUAUCCCUCAACAUGUUCAGGCUUACCAAAUUGUAAUUAGUUCUAGAGAGUAAUUAAUAUUGCUGCUAAACAAAAGACAAAUAUAACUGGUGUGU